AUGUUCAUAGGAUUCUAUAUAACGGAUUCUCAACGCAACCUAGUAUUCCAAUUCCUCCUGUCAUCUCAGGCUCCUACUUUUAAGCAAAUUAAUAAUAAACUAGUGAACGUUGAGAGUUUAGCAGAUAAUAUUAUUCCUAUCACUAAGGACACGUCACUUUACAAGUACAUCGCAACUUCCAGGAACUUGUUCUAUUGGGCCCUAUGCAAAAGCGAACAGAAUCCAUUGGCACCAUUGGUUUUCCUGGUAAAUUACGAUGAGACCUUAAUGACUUACUUUGACAAGGAUACGCUUACCAUUCCGAAGCUUGUAAACAAUUAUGAUCGCCUAACGCUUCUUCUGCAUAGUAUGCUAGAUUCUGGAGAAGUAGUAGAGACAGAUUGUAACCGGCUCAGGCAGCUUAUUCCUAUACGCCAGGACUUUUCUACUGUGAUAAAUUCCACCACUAAGACAAUUGCAAGUUCAAUCAAGAAUGCGGAGCCUAAUCAACUUUUUGGAGCGUCGAAAAGGAUGGCGGGCCAAUCCCAGAUAGUUCCCUGGCGUUCGGCAAACGUUCAGCAUACCACAAAUGAAAUCUACGUCGAUGUGAUUGAAACAAUUAAUCUUGUAUUGACCCGAACAUCUGCCACACCAACAGUCAACUCUGCAAGCAUUAGCGGUAAAAUUGAUAUCAAGUGCUACCUAAGUGGAAAUCCAACCAUCCAGCUCAAUCUCACUACCGCAGGCCAUGAAAUAUCCUCGCCAGCUUUCCAUCGUUGCAUUGACCCGUCGGGUUCUAAUUUCGACCCCUCGUGUCUUCGUUUCAUACCCCCAGAUGGAAAAUUUACGCUUGCUCAAUACGAAAUCGACCUAGACUCAAUGCCCCAUAAUAGCAAAAAACUCGCAAACAUCGGUCUGGUCAGCGUAUCACUACUUACAAAGCUCGGCGCACGGAAAGACGAAUUUGAAAUAAAGUGCAAUAUCGCUAACUCCACGCACGUGACUUCCGUAGACAAUCUGCGUGUGACGGUCUUCUUCCCUCCGCUACCCGCUGAAUCUAAAAUCAGAGUCCUAAGGAAUACCCACGGUGGCUGGGAAAACAACCUUUCCAAUACGCAGGGUAUUUGGAUAUUCGACAAGACGACCCCGGUUGGCUCUAUUCCAGUUUUAAGGGGUUGCGUCGAACACAACGAUAAUCAUCUUCCAAAUUUCCCCACUCAUGUCGCAGUAUCGUAUACUAACCGUGGACAAUUACCGAGCGGCCUUAGAGUAAACUCAAUAAACAUUCCUUCCGGUCUCCCUCAGGGUGUGAAGCCAUUUAAAGGUGUUAAGUACAUGACUCGCACCGGAAACUACGUGCUUCGCGCUUAA